GACUCCGACAAUACCCACAAGAAGAAACUCUUUCUAAACAAAAAAUUAUUAAAAUGGCUGUUCCCACGGGAAACGCCGAUCGCUUUCUCCGGCCACUCUUCCUCGCCGUUCUCUCCCUUCUUAUUCUCUCUUCUCUCGUCUCCUCCACCGAGUGGCUCGAGAUCGAUUCCUCAGAUCUCAAAGCUCUUCAAAUCAUCGAAACAGAGCUCGGAGUCAACGGUCAACUCUCUUCGUCCACUGGUAUCGUCAACCCGUGCGGUCGCGGAGGAGUUUUCUGCGAGAGAAGACUCUCCUCCGCCACCGGAGAUUACGUUCUCCGUGUAACGAGGCUCGUUUACCGAUCCCGGAGCUUGACGGGGACCAUAUCGCCGGCGGUCGGAAAGCUGUCGGAGCUCAAGGAACUCACUUUAUCUAACAACCAGUUGGUCAACGGUCUUCCAGUGGAUGUCUUAAACUGUAAGAAGCUCGAAGUCUUUGAUGUUCGAAACAACAGAUUUUCCGGUCAGAUUCCGGGGAACUUUUCUGGUUUGAUCCGUCUUCGAAUCCUUGAUCUUUCUUCGAACAAAUUCUCUGGGAACUUGAAUUUCUUGAAGAAUCUACGCAAUCUUGAGAGCCUCUCCGUCGCAAACAAUCUAUUCUCAGGCAAGAUCCCGGAGGCAGUUGUGUCGUUGCACAAUCUCCGGUUCUUUGAUUUCUCUGAAAACCGGUUUUUGGAAGGUCCGGUUCCGGUUAUGAGCAAAAUCAAAUUACAGUCAUCUCCACACCAAACAAGACACAUUCUUGCUGAAACUCCGUCUUCAAAUUCCACGAAGAAAUCAAACAACACCACCACAUCGAAAGCAACAGGGGACACUCCAAAACCGGAGAAAAAGCAGACGAAGAAGAAGAAGAAGAACAAGAAGAAGAAAGUAGCGGCAUGGAUCUUAGGGUUCUUCGUUGGAGCCAUAGCUGGAUUAAUCUCUGGGGUUGUCUUCUCGGUGAUGUUCAAAAUGAUCCUUCGAGCAAUAGAGGACCAGAAAACCAUCAGGUCCUUCNAUAUUCAGCCCAUUGAUCAAAAGAGCGAAGAUUUAGCUUUCUUGGAGAACGAAGAAGCGUUAUCUUCUCUGGAGAUCAUUGGAAGAGGAGGUUGUGGAGAGGUUUUCAAAGCAGAACUACCCGGAAGCGAUGGGAAGAUCAUUGCCGUUAAGAAAGUUAUCCAACCGGCUAAAGACGCCACUGAACUUGCAGACGAAGAAUCCAAGUUUCUGAACAAGAAAAUGAGGCAAAUCAGAUCAGAGAUCAACACAGUCGGCCAAAUCCGUCACCGGAAUCUUCUACCAUUGUUGGCUCACGUACCGAGACCCGAGUGCCACUUCCUCGUUUAUGAGUUCAUGAAGAACGGGAGUUUGCAAGAUAUAUUGACUGAUGUGUCCGCUGGAACCAAAGAGUUAAUGUGGCCAGCAAGGCACAAGAUUGCUAUAGGUAUAGCUGCAGGGCUUGAGUACCUUCACAUGGACCAUAACCCAAGAAUCAUUCACAGAGACUUGAAGCCAGGAAAUGUUCUUAUUGAUGAUGACAUGGAGGCCAGAAUUGCAGAUUUCGGGCUCGCAAAGCAAAUGCCUGAUGCGGUCACACAUAUUACCCUCUCAAAUUGUGCAGGUACUGUGGGAUACAUAGCACCAGAAUAUCAUCAAACUUUCAAGUUCACGGACAAAUGUGAUAUCUAUAGUUUUGGAGUGAUUCUUGGGGUUUUGGUGAUUGGAAAGCUUCCUUCAGAUGAGUUUUUUCAGCAUACUGAGGAGAUGAGUCUGAUAAAGUGGAUGAGGAACACAAUAACAUCAGAGAAUCCAAGCCUUGCGAUUGAUCCGAAGUUGAUGGGACAAGGAUUCGAUGACCAGAUGCUUCUGGUUCUGAAAAUCGCUUGUUACUGUACUUUGGCUGAUCCGAAACAGAGGCCUAACAGCAAAGAUGUCAGGACUAUGUUGACCCAGAUCAAGCACUAGUGUCUCUCUAUGAUAUGUUGUUUUGCUUUUAUAUGUGUUUUCUAGAUUUCAUGUCGCAUGAGAAAUAACUAUGGCAGAAGCUUGUGAUGAAGAUGUAUUUAUGUUUUAAAUGGAAUUUAAUUCUGUUU